GGAGAGAUGUGCGUCUCUGCUCUCCCUGAGCUGUUCUCCUGCCGACGGGUCGCUUUCACACACACACACACACACACACACACACACACCGUCCACUGCUUGUGUUCAGCCGCCGAUCAUCCCGGUUAUUGAUAUAAUAUCGAUAUUUAGAUGAUCGGAGAGGGAAACAUUUAUAAAGUGACUCCGAUGGCUCAGUGGACAAUACUUCUGUUUUUUCUCUACGGAGUUCUGCAUGGACAAGAGAUUCAGCCCCCUACUGUACAGGAGUGUUGUCAGGAUGGGAGGAACCGGGCCCUGAGAGGACAAGACUGUACAAUCCUCCCUCUCAUCUCCCACUCCCACACCUGCAGGAUCACCCAGGAGCAGUGCUGUGCAGCAGCAGUAGGAGACCGACUCUGUGACAAUGGCGUCAAGAUGGCCAAGGGGCAAGGGGCCUGUGAGACGCCCUUCUUCCAAGGGGACCCCUGGGAAACCAGAAUCUCUAAGAUGUGUUGUGACUGCUGUAUGCUCGGCCUGAUGACGCCGAGCCAGGAUUCGAGCUGCGAGCUCCAGGGUUUGUUGCUGGGGAGACAGUGUGCGCUCACAGCUAAAACCUGCUGUGGCAAAGACACGACGGAGGAAAACAAACCAACUGCUAGUGCACCGGUGACAGAAAGGCCUGAGGCCAACGUUACUGAGACUGCCACGCUUCCAGAUGGAUUGGACCCCUGUAGAGACUCCAAUUGUUCCCAGUUGUGUGAAGGUAAUGGUACGUGUGUGUGCCUCGGUGGUUAUCAUCUACAAAGGGAUGGAGUGACAUGUGAAGAUGUUAAUGAGUGUCUGACUGGCAGUCACAACUGCGUCAUCGGCCAAGUUUGCAUUAACACAGAGGGUUCCUUUCGCUGUCAGAGGGAAAUCAGCUGUGGCACCGGGUAUGAACUCAAAGACGACAACAAUUGCCAAGACAUAGAUGAGUGUAUGCUGGGGACCCAUAACUGUGGACCAGAGUUUUUGUGCACCAACACAAAAGGCUCGUUCCGCUGCCACCCAAAGGAGAGGUGCUCAGAUGGGUUCAUGCAGGACGCCAUGGGCAGCUGUAGCGACAUAAACGAGUGUUUGGCACACACCAGUCCAUGCCUGCCCGGCCAGACUUGUAUCAACACGCCGGGCUCCUACACCUGUCACAGGUACACGGUCACCUGUGGACGAGGCUAUCAUCUAACUGAGGACGGCAGGCGUUGUGAAGAUGUGGAUGAGUGUCGUACAGGGACUAUGUGCGGCGACCACGGUUGUGUCAACUUGGUGGGAACGUACCGCUGUGAUUGCAGAACUGGCUACAUCUUCAACAGUAUCACCAAACUGUGUGAAGAUAUCAAUGAGUGCAGGCUUUAUUCCGGACGGCUCUGCGCCCACAAGUGUGAUAACACAAAGGGGUCCUACCAGUGCGGCUGCACCACUGGCUUCCAACUGUCCCCCGACGGCAGAAACUGUGGAGAUAUCAAUGAGUGUGAAGCCAACCCUUGCAGCCAGGAGUGUGCAAACGUCUAUGGCUCAUACCAGUGCUAUUGUCGCCGUGGCUACCAGCUGAGUGACAUCGAUGGGAUAACAUGUGAAGAUAUUGAUGAGUGCGCUCUGCCUACUGGAGGUCAUGUGUGUUCCUACCGCUGCUCCAACGCCCCAGGAAGUUUCUACUGUACCUGCCCACCCGUAGGCUACACACUCGCACACAAUGGACGCACAUGCCAAGACAUUGAUGAAUGUGCAGCGGGGACCCAUACCUGUUCUAUCUCUGAAAACUGCUUCAACAUCCAGGGAGGAUUUCGCUGUCUGUCCUACGCAUGUCCUGAGAACUACCGGCAAACGGCACAGGGAUCCAGAGGAGAUGCUUCCGUCAACGUGCGUUGUGUUAAGGCCUGCAAACACAACAACAUCAGCUGCAAAGUCGACCCCGUCCAGCUCAUCACCCAGACCGCCCUCUCUCUGCCAACCUUCAGAGACUUCAGUGGACCAGAGGAAAUAGUUUUCCUGCGGACAGUUACGCCGGUUAACCCUUCUCCUCUGCCCGGUGCCACUGAUGUCUUCUUUACUGUCCUGGCUGCAGAUGACCAGUUCUCUUUUGAUGUGGAGAGGCGCUCCCAGCAGGGCUUCAUUAUGGGUGUGGUUCGGCAGGUGAAACCCAUCAUCGGACCCAAGGACAUUAAGUUGGAGGUGGCGAUGAACUAUGUCAAGUUAGGGGUUAUUUCCCAUCGCAACACUGUCAUCAUCCAUGUCUUCAUCUCUGAGUUCUGGUUCUGAGCUGAGCUAAGGAGUGAAUGAUACCACAUUAGUAAUACAACACAUAACUUGGCAAAAGUUUUGAAUAUCUGGAGGCGCCACACUUAUCUUGCUGAACAUCUUGAAAACACCGCGCAUGCAAGAUAAGACAAAUCAUGGGAUUUGGUUCAUUUGCAUGUGUUUUAGAUGUACUGAAAACAGUCACAGAAGCAGUUUGCAACCCAUCCAGGUCAGUAGUUUACAAUAGGUCUGUCAUUUCAACAUAAUAUACAGCCAACCGAUAAAACAAGAACACAAAAGAUACUGGACUAAGAGCCUACAGCCAUGCUAGCAGCUCUGUGAAGCUGUACUUAGGCACAAUGGUGCUUUAAGUUAAAUGCUAAUUUCAGCAUGCUAACAUGCUAAAGUUUAGCAAGUAUGAUACCAUGAUAACUCCCUCAGUGUAGUCUGUUAGCAUGCUAACAUUUGCCACAUAAAGUGGCCUACAGCUGAGGCUGAUUGGAAUGUUGUUAGUGUUUGGUCAUAAUCCAAAAUAUUGGACUAUUGGAAAAUGGACGUGUCUAGAAGUAAAUCCGCAAAUUGCGAAAACUUGCAAAAACUCUUGCAAGGCUCGCUGACCGACAACCUAUCCUAACCUUAACCAUUCAAGGUCAAUACCUAACCUUAACCAUUCAAGGUCAAUGCCUAACCUUAACUAU